UACCAAACGGGCUCUAAAUUAGGAAUCCAAAAUCUUUAUGAACUCAUAAUCCUAAGGGAAAGUUCCUGAAAUAGAACUAAAAUAGUUUCAAAAUUCCUAAAUAGAACUGUCAUGUUUUUUAUUCCCAAAAUAGGGCUAAUUACUGCCAUGUUUAGAAAAUACUGUCAUGUUUGAAGUCUGAUACAGCCAAAAUAUAACAAUAAUUAAUCCUAUUUUGAGAAUAAAAAUAUGACUGUUAUAUUUUGGAAUUUUCAAACUGUUUUAAUCUUAGGCGGUAUCUCUAAUCCUAACGGUGGUAAAGCUACAAUUUUACUACAAAAGGCGGGUCUGGCGCGACAUUUUAAUUAACUUUUGAUAAUCCCAAUUGAAAUUAAAUACUCCCUGCUCGGGUCUUCUAAUUUUUCUAAUACACACUUGGAAUAAUAACUUGUUGAUCUUGGAGGCGGCAUGGAUGAGCAAAUAGUGAUGGGAGUUCUACUCUGUUUGCCUCCCAAAGCAAUCUACCGAUUCAGGGUCGUAUCUAAAUCCUGGAAUGAACUCAUCUCCCACCAGUUUUUUAUUGAGAGGUACGACGGCAGGCGGCGGCAGCGCGGCGGUCCACGUUUGUUGGCCUUGUUCCAGCGAACAGAGUCUUGCUCUAAUCCCUCCCGACCUAACAAUCGCACGAACAUACUCUCCGUCGAUCUUCCCCGUAAUCGCAAAAUCAAACGCCGGUCUUUAAAAUUACAGGAUUGCGAGUUCAUAAAUUCUUCGAACGGUUUGAUCCUCUGCCGCCGCAGCAACAAUCGGUACCCCAAAGAGUACUACGUUCUCAACCUUAUUACGCAAAAGUUCGUGUUGUUGCCGCCGCCGCCGGCGAAGUUGCAGCCUUGUUUCACGGGCAUUGGUUUGAUGUGCGAAGAGAAUAAACAAGAACUGUCCGCCAAGUACAUAGUCGUCCGUACAUAUUCUGACAGAUGCGAAAAUUUGGGUAUCGAGACCUACUCAUCCGAAACCGGAGUCUGGGCGGCCAAACCGAGUAUAACCCGCACAGCCGGAUUUAUGAGAUUUCUAAUGUUGGGUAAUCCGUUAGUGAUGAAUGGCGUUUUCCACUGGGACCUCCUCGGCCACAAAACACUGGCGCUUUACCGUCCCCGUGAAAACAAUCUCCAGUUCAUCCGUCUCCCGCUUAGUCUAUAUGGUCUUCUUGGUCUUGUUCACGAUUCACACGGAUCCCAUGCUUUUACAAGGUCAUCGAUUGAGGACGGGGAAAUGUUAUGGUUCAGCACCAUGGACUCGGGUGCAGCCAUGACGGUUUUCAUGCUCCCGAAAUGUGUAGAAGACGGGGCUAGCAAAAAUCUCCGGCCAACUAUCAUACUCUGUAAUGAGUGGGUGUUGGUAUACCGCAUAAGUGUUGAUUCCCUCUGGAACGAUGUGGUCUUACUGUCGCCGAAGGCGAGGAAGGGGAUUGUGAAGGAUCAAUGGGGGAGCGUUAGGCAAAGGAACAUAUUCUUGGAUGCCUUUGUUCCGGCUAAAAAGGAGGGCAAGAGUUCUCUUGCCCUGAUUCUCAGGGUUGAGCGAGGGGGCUUAUAUCUUUAUGACCUUGACCACAAAUCCAUGGAAUGUAUUCGAUAUUGUGGUGGCCUAGUAACCAAGAAUGAGGAUGGAAAUGUCUGUAAUUCACUAACUCUAUGUCCUUAUUUAGAGCCUUCUUCCCUUUCUGCAUACGCUCUUGAUUAGUUUGGUUCUGUGAUUAUUUAGUUAGUUUAAUUAGUCAAGUCCAAUACUUUGAAGUUCAGAGUACUUUGUAUUCUUCUUUAUGCAUGGAAUAUGAGAAGUGAGCAGGGGCAUAGGCAAGCGUAAAAGUUGAAGUGGGCUAUUCAUAUAAAGACUAAUUCAAAUAAU